CAAGCCGUAUGCUGUAGAAUCGAGCCUUUUCUGUGAUUGAGACCGUCAGGCUGUUAUGUCAGACCUAAGCCCGCGAUCCGGCUACAUCGGAACCUAAAACUGAGGCCGUGGCCAGUCUACUGUUUGGAUCCGUAACUUGUUCCCUGUUCCAGAUAGACAUGCUUUGAACUGUCACAUUUUGGGACCAUACAGAACUUCGAAACUACCAUUCGCACGGCACGGACUCCGUUAGUCCAUGCAACCUAGACAACUUGCAGGCUGCUGACCCAACGAAAAAGCGCCCGGCCUUCCGCGAUGUCAGACGAUACUACACAACCAGAUCUCAGCGCAGUGUCUACUGCAAACUCUCUGAGGCCACCAGAGGACGAGACCAAACCAAACCUUAAAGCAAUAUCUGAGAACGGUAGACUCAGACCACCAUUUUCAGCACGGAGAACUUUCUCCCAGCGCAUACUUAGACGACAUCGCAGCAAGGCUUCUCUCACGGGGCUUGACCCUGAAAAUGAACCCGGAGAAGGUAGACCUGCUCUUGGCCUCAGGAAUACUGUGUCAAACCUCGAUUUGAACGAUGAAUACAUAAACCCCUUGGAAAAAAGCGCGAGAUGGAUGCUAUCAGCCCGCGCAGGCGCCGUUCGGGCGGGCGCGAAUAUCGGGUUCGGUAUAAUGAACAGGUCCGCUGUGAAUCCCACUUCAACCAUAUGGCUUAAUUCGACGCUAGGACCAUGGAAAGGCCAGAAGAAGAUCGAAGUCAAAAUUUGGGACCCAAAGAAGAAACCGGAAACAUCAACUAGUCGGAUGACUUCGUCAAAUUCAAGGAGGCCAGCAAUCAUCAACUUUCAUGGAGGUGGGUUCGUGGUAGGCACAGCUACUGACGAUGCACUAUGGGCUGGAGCCGUCAUGAAAUCUGUUGAUGCUGUCGUUUUCUCAGUCAACUAUCGUCUCGCGCCCGAGUACCCGUUUCCCAAAGCGGUAGAAGAUUGUGCGGACGCUAUUCUUCAAAUUUCUAGAAGAGCAGACGAAUUUGGCAUUGACGCUGAUCGCAUAAUCAUCUCAGGCUUCUCAGCCGGCGGAACGCUGUCAUUAGCGAGCUGGGUACUUCUCCAGGAACCGCAACGAUGGGGCUAUGAUAUCGGAAGCCCACCGCCCAAGAUUGCAGGCUUCGCGCUUUUUUAUCCCCUUCUCGAUUGGACUAUUAGCCGGCCGGUCAAGAGGCAGUCGUGUGUUAAGCCAGAUUUCACUCUGGCCAAGGGUCUAACCGAUUUGUUUGAUGCAUCCUAUGUAUUCCCUAAAAUUCCCAAAGACGAGCGCGACGACCCCAGACUCUCACCAGGUCUUAUGUCUGACGAACUGGUGGCAGACCUUCCGCCCGUGCACUUAGUGAUUUGCGAGUAUGACAUGCUCCAUGCCGAAGGUCACACAUUCGCAGAGCGGAUACAAAGCAUGGAUAAGGAGAUCAUCGUCAGGGUUGUGAAGGAGGCGAAACAUGCUUGGGACAAGCCAGCACCCAAGACACCGAAACCGAGUGUGCAUGUUGAAUACGGACAUGCCGUGGAGUCGAUGAGGAGAUGGGUCAAGUUGCCGGGGCUUCCGGGACUGUCGAGAGAGAACAGCACAGUAUCGCAGCAUCUUCGAACAACAGAGGAAGCCGUAAAGGAGCAGUUGCCGGCGGAUGAUGAGCCGACACCGAAUGAGAAGGCUGACUUUAGAAAUUCGGAUCUUCAGCUAUCAUAAAACAUUGAGCCUAUAGAUUAGAUUGUUGUAUUCAGCUAUUCUUUUAAGGUUUAGAUUUAGAGGUAAUUACAUAUUGAACCUAUUUCACUUGCUCUCAUUCAGAGAUGAUUCUAAACCCAGUGAUUUCAAUGAAUGACGCUUGGAAGACAUGAACAGAGACCGUUUUGGUUUUGUCAUGGCUUUUGGUCCAUAUAAUAUCAUCGUGUCAAUGGAUUUUGAAAUAAGAUCAAUCAGAAAAUAGCACGUUGAGGUAUGUAGCUUGAAACUUCUGUACGCCGACUAUUAUUCCGUCAUGGGCCGGAGAUGGUUCUAUUAGCUGCUGGCUAUCGUUCUUUAUUCUCUGGUGGUUUGUGCAAACUGAAAACCUUUCCUGAAAAAGAAGCGAACUUUUAAAGAAGAUUCUCAAAAAGUCUUCAAGUGAAGCAGCCAUUCCAAGUGUCUCAAAGCGAGGGGCUGGAAUAGAUGAGAGAGUGCGAGAAUCAC